UGCAUUGUCUCAGAACCACAAAAACUCGUUUGAAUCCAUACCUCCAGCUCUCUUUUACAACCAAAAUAUCUGUUUUUUUGUUUUAUACUUGUUAAACACGCAUCAGCCCAACCCAGUCCAGCCCACCCAAACUAAACAAAAGCAAAAGCAAAAAAUGAAAGUCGUUCCGCUUGGUGCCGGCCAAGACGUCGGUCGCUCAUGCGUUCUCGUGACGCUAGGCAACAAGACCAUUAUGUUUGACUGCGGUAUGCACAUGGGCUAUAACGACGAGCGCCGAUUCCCAGACUUCAACUACAUAACAACCGAGGGGGACUUCACCUCGCGCAUCGACGCUGUCGUCAUCACGCACUUCCACCUAGACCACUGCGGCGCACUCCCACACUUCACCGAGCAGCGUGGAUACCACGGGCCCAUCUACAUGACGCCGCCGACAAAGGCCAUCUGCCCGAUCCUCCUUGAGGACUACCGCAAGAUCACCGUUGAGCGCAAGGGCGAGACCAACUUUUUCACAUCCCAACAUAUAAAGGACUGCAUGAAAAAAGUUGUCCCACUGCAUUUGCACGAGACUGUCUGGGUGGACGACGAGCUGGAGCUCAGGGCGUAUUAUGCCGGGCAUGUACUCGGUGCAGCCAUGGUUUAUGCGCGUUGCGGGAAUGAGAGCGUGGUGUAUACGGGUGACUACAACAUGACGCCAGAUCGGCACCUGGGCGCAGCAUGGAUUGACAAGGUGCGACCCGAUGUGCUGAUCACUGAGACCACCUAUGGAACCACCAUCCGGGACUCUAAGCGCAGCAGAGAGCGCGACUUUUUGGAAAAGGUGCAUAGCUGCGUUAUGCGCGGCGGCAAGGUGCUGAUUCCGUGUUUUGCGCUUGGUCGCGCGCAGGAGCUGUGCAUUCUCAUCGACACGUAUUGGGAGCGCAUGGGGCUGACCGUGCCCGUGUAUUUUUCGGCCGGAUUGACGGAAAAGGCCAACCGCUUCUACAAGCUGUUUAUUAAUUGGACGAACCAGAAGGUCAAGGAGUCCUUUGUUGACCGCAACCCAUUUGACUUCAAGUACAUAAAGGCGUGGAACCGCGAGUAUGCGGAUUUACCCGGUCCCAUGGUGUUGUUUGCCACCCCCGGGAUGUUGCACAUUGGUACGUCUCUGGAGGUGUUCCGCAAGUGGGCGCCAGAUGAGCGCAAUAUGCUUAUUAUGCCCGGCUACUGUGUCGCCGGCACUGUGGGUGCUAAGGUGCUGAGCGGAAUGAAGGUCGUUGAUAUCGACGCGUACUCGCAGGUGCACGUCAAUAUCGAUGUGCAAAACCUGUCCUUUUCGGCCCAUGCCGACGCCAAGGGUAUCAUGGAGUUGAUCCGACAGGCAUCCCCGCGCAACGUAGUUUUGGUGCACGGUGAGAAGAGCCGUAUGUCGUUUUUAAAAUCCAAAAUCAUGGGCGAGUUUGGCUGCCCCUGCUAUGACCCGGCGAACGGCGAGCUUUUGGAGAUAGAGACUGGCAGGGAUGUGCGCGCCCUGAUGUCUGAUCAGCUGUUCCAGGCGGCGUGGGCCAAGGAGCAGGAGAAGAGAGUUGAUACUGCGCCUAUCGUUGACUUGCCUGUCCAGGGCGUGCUCUUGCUGGGAGAGGGCAAGAGACUGACAAGGCUUUUGGACCCGUCGGAGUUUGACCUUGAUGAACUCCCCUUGGUCGUGCCCACGACAGCAACGGCAGCAGCGGCGAAUGAGACGCCGGCGGGAGGGAACAGUGAGAUGGCGGAUGGCCAUGGCCAUGGUGUCAAUGUUGGUGAUGGCGAGCAGCCAGCGGACGUUAGGUUCAGUACGCGCAGAGUUUUUGAUGGAUCCGCGCUAGUUUCUCGCCUGGGAUUGGAUGCGCAGACGGAUAUGGAUGCGUCAGUUGCGGCGUUGGCCGCUGUGCGUGAGUUGUUGGUGAUUGAUUCGAGAAUUACGCUGGAUGCUUCAUUCACUGAUGCAGUUGCUGAUGCUGCUGGCGGGAAUCAGAGAGUGGUUCGGGUUGGCAGGAGUGUGGAGGUCGCGGCACCUGCGCCUUCGGAGGAAUGCGAGUUGCCUGUGCUGGUCAUUUCCUGGGCAUGGGACGAGGAAGAACUGGCAACCCAGGUGUUGGCUAUAAUGAACAGAGUCCUUGGCUGAGACUGAGACUGAGACUGAAAUAAUAAUAUUGAAAGUAGAAGAAAAGUAGAAGAAAAAAAGUAAUGUUUCUUCAAUGUUG